AAAGAACACAAACUGUAAAACAUUCUCGUACAUUCAAAGUGAGUGUAAGUGUGUGUGUGGGGGAAACAAAAAAAUAAAAGAGAAUGGUGAAGCCGAGCGUGGAAAAAACAGCGUCAGAGAGAAGCGAUUCUAAGUACAAAGGAGUAAGGAAGAGGAAUUGGGGCAAAUGGGUAUCCGAAAUCAGACUACCCAACAGCCGCCAGAGGAUUUGGUUGGGUUCCUAUGACACCGCAGAGAAGGCAGCGCGUGCCUUCGACGCUGCCACGUUUUGCUUACGUGGCAACCGUGCUAAGUUUAAUUUCCCCGGUGACCCGCCUGAGAUCGCCGGCGGAAGGUCCAUGACCCCCUCUCAAAUUCAGGCCGCUGCCGCCCGUUUCGCUAAUUCGGAGCUCCCGAAGGAGUAUUCGGGUCAACCCGUUACCACUCCGGUGGAAUCUUAUUCUUCUAAUUCGUUGCUGUUGUUGCCUAUGGAGUCGCCGUCUCCUCCUCUUUCUGAGGUGACUGUACAGACGGAAAGUGACAUCACGUCGUUUCUGGAUUUGUUUUCUAUAUUCGGGUCGGAUAAUUUUGAACCCGACUACUCUGUGUUUCCGGGUUUUGAUGAUUUUGGCGGCGAUUUCUAUGUGCCCGAGAUGCCAAGUUUUGAUUAUGGAGAAGAGAACAUGGAUGGGUUGAUAAUUCAGGACUCGUUCUUGUGGAAUUUCUAAGUAAUAGUACACAAGCAUAUCUCAGGGUUAUGGAUAAUUUUAUUAUAUCCGAAACUAUGAGAGUCCGGGAUUCAAAUACGGGUUCGGGUUGGUCAAUUUUUACAGGACCAAGCCCUCUGCUAAUUUAGUAGUGGUCACAAUUUUUUACCAAAAUGAUUAAGAUUCUGAUAAGAAUUUAUCAACUGUCAUGAGUAAAUA